GAGUUACAGAAUUUGGCCUCCAAGCACCCCAACCUGGUCAUCAUCCCGCUCGAUGUCAGCGACCCCCCCAGCGUCAAGGCAGCUGGAGCCCGAGGCGCUGCAGCCAGAGUCGGGGAGCAGCUGGGGGGCUCAGGGCUGAACCUCCUUAUCAACAACGCUGCGAUGCUCAUAUACGACACACUUGAGAAUGAGACGCUGGAGAGAAUGUCCCAGACUUACACCACCAACACAAUUGGGCCUCUGCUGAUGGGCCAGAUGUCCAGCUCUGUGGGCUCCAUUGGGGACAUCCGUUUCUGGGAUAAGGCGCAAUAUGUCUCAUACCGCUGCAGCAAGGCUGCUCUCAACAUGCUGACCAGGUGCCAGGCCCUGGGCUACCGGGAGCACGGCGUCCUCUGCGCUGUUCUUCACCCUGGCUGGGUGCAAACCGACAUGGGGAACUCAGUUGGAGAACGGCCCCCCGUGAUGGUGGACACCAGCGUGCGCGGGAUGCUGCAG